AUGCAGCUGGAGAAGAAUGCAGGAACAUGUCUGGAGAACAUUCUAGAUCUCUGUUUCAAGCACCAGCUAUCUCCUGGAAAUUAUACUCUGUCCAUAUCAUACGUUACAUAUAUUGAUGAAGGCAUAGGGGAAGGUUAUUUUAAAAUUUUAUUUCAGCCUGAAGCACGUAAACAGUAUAGAUUGUUGGCAACAAAUAUUCAAUCUAUUGAAGCUCGAAAAUGGUUUCCGUGUUGGAACGAGCCGGAAUUUAAAGCAACAUUUCUAAUUAGAUUCAAUCAUGAGAUGAAAUAUAAGAUAUGGCCAAUAUGGCCAACUACAAGAUUUACACCAGAUGAUCAUAAACAAGGCUGGGUAUGGACAACUUUUGUCAUUCCAUACCCAAUAUCUACAUACCAUGUGAUGUUUACACUAACUGAUUUAGAUCUUGCAUAUAUAUCUACACAUGAAUAUACAUAUAACUCUGAAUAUUACGAUGAAUAUGAAGAUGAAUAUGCAGCUGAAUAUGAAUAUGAAGAUAAAAAUAUAUCACAUCCUACAGCAACCGAAUCUUCUAAAAUAAGAGUGUUUAGUACAUGGAGUAGACGUAGCGUGGCAAAUUCACCUGUCAUAUUGCGCAUGUUACAACAUAUUACGGGCUACAAGUUUCUAAAAAUUAUCAAGAAUUAUAGGGACACGUACAAGUUUCAGUCUCCUAGUCUUAAUGAUCUAUGGGAUUUAAUGCAAAAUACUAUGGAUAAUCCAAAGCUGAAAAACUAUACCUUGAAAAAUAUAAUGGAGACUUGGAUAACAAGAAAUAAUCAUCCUGUUGUACAUGUUCACCGAAGUGAAAACUUACUGUCAAUAUCUGAACAUUACAUCGAUGAUGAAGGCGUUGUACAUAGCCCAACGUCACGUAACUGGUUACCUAUCACUUUCACUACAUGGAAGCAAUUAGACUUCAAUAACACAGUCCCUUAUAAUUGGAUACUUCCGGAGAAAAGCAGUGAAGUACAUGUUCCACUUUCUGAUAGUGAUGGGUGGAUCAUAGUAAACUUAAAACAAACAGGAUACUAUCGUGUGAGAUACGAUUACACGAGCUUAAAGGCAAUUGCAGACUAUUUAAAGCAUAAGGAGUAUGAAAAGAUUCAUGUUAUUAACCGUGCUCAAAUCAUCGAUGACACAUAUUAUUUCUUCAUGAAAGGAGAAGUUACAUACGACAUGUUUGCGUAUCUCAUUUAUUACUUGCGGCAAGAGAGGGAUUACGUAGCAUGGUAUCCAAUGUUCCAAAUUUUUAGAGACCUAUCGCGUUUCUUACCAUUUGAAGAGAGCGAACCUUUAACGAAAGAUAUGCGCUUUAUCUUGCAAGGUUUGCUCGAAAACUUAACGUACAACGAAAAGGUCGAUGAAGAUGAUCUUACUAAAUGGUUGCGCAGAGAGGUUGUAAAAUGGGCAUGUAUUUUUGGUGAUACAGACUGUGAAGAAAUUGCGCAUUCUAGACUGGAGAAACACCUAAAUGAUCCUACAAAUCACAAACUUUUGCCGAAAUGGAGAGAAUGGACGUACUGUAAAGGUGCGAUGAUUGCGGAUGAAAACGUUUUGCUGAAAUUGGAAAAAUUAUUACGCAGAAAUGAUCAUAAAGUUUUUGAUUAUAUUUCAUGCGCUGAAAAACCUCGAUUUGCUAUCGCCAGUUUCUAUUAUUCUCCUAGCUGGGAAGACAAAUAUCCCAUUAUUUUCCGUUAUGCCAUCUUUGGUGAUUAUACAGUGCAACAUGUAGCCGCAAUCAUAGGAAUUCUAGAGGCGUACAAGUAA